AUGUACUCGGUAAGAUACGGGACUAGUGCAGAAUUUUAUUCGUAAAAAUCGACUUGUUUAUUUAAUGUUUUUACUGAAAGACGACGUUGAUUCGCGGAUAUUUAGCUGUGAAUAGUUUCAACAAACCCCUGGACACACGCAUGAUUUCAAAAGUACACCCAGUAGAGGUAGGAUUUUCUAGUGAUAAAAUGUUCUAGGAAAUCUACAGAGAUAACUGAAAGUAAAACUAAAUUUUUACAGGUGUGACAAAUCCGCAUGGCCUGCCGUCGCAGCCAGCAGCAGCACCAGCAGCAGCGCAGCAAGCAGCAGCAGGCAAAUUACAAUGGUCAAGACGUUUCAGGCCUACUUACCACAGUGUCAUCGCACGUACUCGUGCAUACAUUGUCGGGCUCAUUUAGCAAAUCACGACGAGCUUAUAUCUAAGUCCUUCCAAGGUAGCCAAGGUCGAGCUUAUCUAUUUAAUUCCGUUGUCAAUGUAGGCUGCGGUCCUGCUGAAGAACGAGUCCUACUAACAGGUCUUCAUGCAGUUGCUGACAUAUACUGUGAAUGCUGUAAAACCACCUUAGGUUGGAAAUAUGAACACGCCUUUGAAUCCAGCCAGAAAUACAAAGAAGGCAAAUUCAUAAUUGAACUAGCUCAUAUGAUCAAAGAAAAUGGUUGGGACUGACAAUACUGAAAACCCUCAUAAGUGACUUAUCCAAAAUGGACCUUAAAUCAUUUAAGGACAAACAGACAAUGUCGUAUAGACUAAAAUUGAACAAUAAUUUCUGUUUUUUGGACUGGACCUAAGACAGGCGUUUGUGAAUAUAUUUCAAUAUUCGAUAGUUUAAACAUAUUUGAAUCGAAACCAACAAGUUGUGUGACCUAAGUUUUCCUCAUCAUUAGAAAAAAGUGGUGCGAAGCGUAGGUAAUGGAUGUUGUGAUUAAAUUAUUGGCCGUUGUAUGCUUGAUAGUAAGGCACUGUAUUAGAUAACAGGAAUAUUCAAAUAAAAUAAUAUGUCUAUAUUUUGAACCAUAAUUUUUAUUCAUAUUUCGGCAAAACAAAACAAAUCGAUCUACAAAAUUUUAAAUAUAACACUGAAAACGAAUAUUUUCUAAAUGUUCAUAAAGUUAUUUUUCAACACAAUUGAUUUGCCAAGAACGUACUUUUCUCGAGUAAAAUAUUUAAAUAUCAAUAAACUUUUGAUGGGUCCUGGUUAUUAAAAAUGAUGAUUUUAUAUCAACUUAUAAUAAAUUUAUUUUAGAGCUUUACUUUACAAUAACUAUAAAACAUUAAUAUUGUUAUUCAUUUACUCUGACUAUGUUAACAAGAAUUGUUAAAUACUAUGAUCUAUGAUGAAUUUAUGUACGUCAUAUACCAUCAAAUAAGGAUACAAUCCUAGAAUAGAAUAUAAAUCUCAUUGUCAAAAAAGUCAAAAGAAAACUACAAGAAAGUUACAUAUUUGUAUACAUGGAAACAAACACCAAUAAAACUUAAUAUGAGAUGAUUACAUUUUUAGCAGCUAUAAAUAAACAAAAAAAAACCAGCUACUUCGACAGCUUGGACUCAGUUCGCUUCAGGGUACACCACAGGUGGCUCUGAAGACGCUGAAAAGCAAAAACCUCGGUCAGCCGAUGCCGAUGGUGGUGGCCCCCGAAUCGAAUUUAAUCUAAAGCUGUCUUUUUUUAUUCCUUGUCUUUCUUUAAAAGAAACAAGAACUAAGAAAUUGUCAUCGAGAGGAUUGUCUUUUCAAGUUUACUAUAGAAAUUGUACAAUAGUUGACAUCGAUUCACAUCGAAUUAUUUAAAGAGACUCUUAAAAACACGCACACAAGAGCACAAGAGAUUAUUUAAAUACGCAGACAAGCAUACUAUGGGUUUAUAAUGAAGAAGUUCAUUUAAUGGUAAUUUCAAAAGUUCACAUAGAAGUAUUAAAUUAACGUUGUCUAAAUGAAUACCUAUCAUAAAAUUUCAUAAACAAACAAAUUUUUGAUGGCCCCUUUAGAUAAAUAAUUUUAUUUUAGUUGCCUUUACGAAUAUCCAAAAACAGUAGACCGUUUAUUAUAAUAAUUUUAUUUGGAAAAAGUGCUUUGCAUAUCCUAACUCCAUCGACUAUCAGACAUAUCAUUAUUGUUGAUUAAAUACAGCGUAUUAUUAAUUUACUUUACUGACCAAUGUUUAUUACAUUGAAACAUAUUUUUAAUUAAAUGACACACAACUGAUCACAACUUUUUUCGUGUAAAGUGUCAGCAUAAAAUUUAUAAAUAACGCGAAUCAUCGUAUAUUCAAUUUUGUAGCUAUACUUAUUUAUUUUUUUGUAGAUCAAUUUAAUAAAUUAAAAUUUUUGAUAAAUAUUUUUUGUUAAUUUAAUUUUUUAAAAGAUAUAAUGAAACUCGAAUAUUCGAAUAUUCCUGUUAAUCACUUUACUCUUCACUCCUAUCCACUUUAGGGAACAAUGUGCAAUCGUCGUCUAACAUUAUCUUAAACUUGAAGCUCUUUACAAAGCAUUCUGUGUUAGCAAUGGAAACUGUAUCUGUGGUAAAGAAUCUGAGAUAAAAAUGUAUAAAAAUUGUAUGGAUCUGUAAUAGACCAAUCUGUUUGCGAAAGGAUUUGGGAGCUUCCAAUGGGAAGAAAUUAUAGUAAAUACGUUUUUGUUAUUAGAUGUUGAAUUUUGAUUAAAGAAAAACAAUUUAAUAUUAAUUUGAAGAAUAAGAGGGGCCCUCUAGUGCCGUUAGAGUAUAUUUCUGAUAUUUAAGAUUGAAAAAAACUUGGAUCUUUUGAAUAAUUGAUUGGAUCUUUUGACUCGACUUGGAUCAACUUGGAUCUUUUGACUCAACCAUUGCCGCUAAACUGGUUAAUUUUGCACGAUGAAACUUAUCACAGUUGAUGUUUGCCCUACUCAUUUUUUUCACAAAUUCCGUAGUUUUCGCAUUAUAUUAAAUAGGGAUGUAAAUCUAUGUAACGUGAAAUUCCCACUGGGAUUGCGUACAGUUUGCGAUUGAGUACGGUUAAGAUAGGAAUGCGCAUUCAGUGUUGCCAUAGUUCCUGUGCGACGCUCUUGAGAGAGCAAUCAACAACUGGUGAAGACCGACAACCCUGUGCGUUUAUUCCCCAUUAAAAUGUAUUGCCCUAUCUUAACUCAAUGAAUGAACUCAGUGAAUUUCUCAAUAGUAUGUACUACGACUAAAAAACAUUGGAGUUAUUGUUAAUUGUUCAUUAACUUUAUGAGUUCUUUGAGGUGACAUUGAUAAGUCCACUCCAUUGUUUUGACAUGGUCUAUCUAGUUUAUAAUCUCUUCAUUGGAUAUAUAUGUAAUAUAAUGAGCUACACAAUCCAAAUAACAGAUGGUUUUCAAAUGUAAAUUAUAACUUUUGACAUAACACUAAUUUUGGGGUUGGAUGCGUACAGUUAUAGGCAAAGCAACACAAUUUUUAUCAGAAAAUACUUUAUGAAUAUUAUGUCGUGUAGGGGUUAGGGGGUUCCUCAAUUCCUCUACACCUAAAGGUAGAUGAGGAACGAUUAUGUAUAAAUAAAGAUAUGCUCAAAUAGAAGAGCACAAUAAAACUUGAGCUUCUAUUUUAAUCUUGCUCUAAAUAAGCAUAAGUUUACUUAACCAACAUUCAAUAUAAACGUAACUUUAUAUAACUUCUUCCUGUUCAAAAUCCACAGAUUGCUCUAUAAGUGCUGAGGCACAUGUCAAAUUAGACUUUCUGAUGACGACAAAUCGAUUAUUGUCGUUCGUCCGUCAAAAAGAUGAAAGAACUGACAGUGUAUAUUGUCACAUUUAUUUUUACUGAAUGUAUCAUUGGUUUUCGAGUUAAAAGGUUCAAUGAUGCAUUACGACUCGACCAACCAUUUUUUUGGUUAAAUUUUUGUAGAUAUGAUCUCACCAAAUACGUCAACUUUACAUUUAUGCUAAUUGUGAUAUACAUAGAGGGUGGAAUGUAAGAGACAGUUUAUAAUAUCCAUACUUGCUUUUAAGACAAUAUGUACAUUGGAAAAUAAAGAUACAACGCUAAUACGAUUAAGUAUAUGUAUAAAACAUGCGUAAACAAACAAUAGCCUAAACCGGAACUAGAACAUCAUUGAUAUAAAUGCUAAUGAUAUUAGCAGGAAGGUUAGCUCGAUUAUAAUUAAACAAUUGAUAGAGUAAUCCAGCGAACACUGAAUAAUAUAAAUAAAGAAGACAAGUUAAAUAGGAGUUUCAGAUUUGAUAAUACCUAUAUACAAAUGAAAAUCAUAAGUGGAAAUAUUACUUCUAUAGAUUGAAGAAGACCAUACAAGCAAUGGUGACAAAAUCGAAUAAACCUAACCUGUCAGGAAAAGUUCAUUUGAGAAAAAAAAUAGAAAAAAAAAUCUUCUGUGUAAAAGGUAUAUUUAUUUUAAAAACCCCCAAUAAAGGGCUACAAUUACAAAACAGAACGUUUUCGCUCUAAAGAGAGCAUCAUCAGUGUUCUUUGCAAGCUCUACAUGCUAAGCCACCAAAAAUACUUAGGUUAAAACCCUUAAAAUGUCGACUAAAAGUGAUUGAAAUGUUAUAUACUAAAUCCUGACGAUGGAUGAAAUUAAUAUAGAUAUCCUAAGGCAUUAUAUGACUAUUCCACGAAGCAUGUGGGUGGUCGAGUCGAAUUCUCUGUCUUCACAAAGAGAAUUCGACUCAACCACCCACAUGCUUCUACCCUCUAAGAAUCUUCACAAUAUACAACUUUCCGUAUUACUAACAUAAAUAACUUACUUAUCAGUCUUGUAAGCUGUCUAAUUCAGUAAAAUGGAAAAUGUAUCAUGAAUUUAAAGUUGACCUAGGUUUCUAUUUAGUUUAAUUUUCUUAUCAGUUUUAUGAUGAGAGUAUUUUUUAAAUUGAUUACUCGCUAUUGUGUAUUUUUUAUGAUUGAUGUUAGCAACAAGUAUUGAUUAUAAUAGUUAAGUUUCAUAUAUGGGCUUUGAUAUUAUUUACGCAAGUGACAGUGUAUAAGAAAGCAGUCCUUCGAAUAUUUUCCUUAACUAAAAUCUGAUAUUACUCUUACUUUAUUUGCCACGGCUAUAACACAACAUUUCUAUUUGGUUAUAUAUGGGCUAGCCGUACAACCAAAGGUAUACCUAGGUUUACAGUAUUUUUUGUUGUGUGUAAAAAAUGAAUUGUAUGUAAAACUAAUUCAUCCAGUAUAUAAAGGUAAAUGGACAAUUAACGGCGAAUUAUGGGAUAAUAUAUGUAAAAUAUGCCCAAUAUCUGACAUAUAAAAUAAAUGAGCAAAUGAAUAAAUUACAGAAAAUGAGAGUAUAAUAUGACCACAAUUUUGUAAGAAGAUAAAAGAUAGUUCCAACUUCCAACGUACCAGUAUCAACAUCUUGCGUCGUUCCAUCUAUGACCUGAACCCGUCUGUCCCGUGUUCUCGUACCCAUCAGUUACUAGUCCAAGAGUCGGCGCUGAAAAAUCUCUUUGAAUUUACUAAAGCUAGAUUUUUCACAGUUGAUUACUGUAAUUGUGUAGAGAAA